AUGAACAACUCAUCGGUCCGUAAAGAUGCCAAUAAUGAGGGAAUCCUUUCGUGGAAUAGUUUUCAGACAUUAGCGGAAAAAUACGCUAAAAUUCAAAGAAGAGGAAAAUUAGAGAAAGAAGUGGUCGAUCGAUGGAAAGCCAUAUUCGAGAAGUGGUGGAAUGAAUUGACUUCUUAUGCCGACGAAAAUAAAGAGGAGGACAUGGCUAACGGGAACGCCAUGACGUCUGAUAGAUUCAAAGAUCUUGUGUAUGACUUUUGGGUUUCGACUAAUCCGGAGAGCAAAGGCAAGUAUAUGUUCGGACCCUUUGAUCAAUCCAUUGAUGAAUUGGAACAGAAGAUUAAAAAGCAAUGAUUGAGACAUAAUAUUGAGACAUACUAUACAUGAUAUUCUUAAUCAUUGGAGAUAUGGCCACAACUCGUCAACAUUUGGCGUUAUUAAUAUCUGUAUUAUGUUUAACACCUCAUAACAGCUCAUGUGAUAUAACAUUAAUAACACAAUAUAGAGUCGAUUAAACGCUAUUUAUAUUCGGCUAACUUUCACUAAAAAUCUAUAACUUUCCUAUUAUU